AAAGAACAACUAAAUAACAACAACCUUAAACAUGGCUCGCAAAUUCUGUGUUGGUGGUAACUGGAAGAUGAACGGUGAUAAGGCAUCUAUCACUGAAUUGUGCAAAACCUUGUCCGGUGCCACUUUGGAUGAAAAUGUUGAAAUUGUUUUGGGUUGUCCCUUCGUCUAUAUUAACUUUGCUCGCGAUCUCUUGCCCGCCAAAUUCAAUGUUGCCGGUCAAAAUUGCUACAAAGUUCCCAAGGGUGCCUUUACCGGCGAAGUCUCACCAGCUAUGUUGAAGGAUGUCGGUGCUGGUUGGGUUAUCUUGGGCCAUUCGGAACGUCGUCAUGUUUUCGGUGAACCCGAUGAAUUGAUUGCUGAAAAGGCUGCCCAUGCUUUGGCCGAAGGUUUGAAGGUCAUCGCCUGUAUCGGUGAAAAAUUGGAAGAACGUGAAGCUGGCAAAACUGAAGCUGUUGUUGCUAGCCAAAUGGCUGCCUAUGCUAAGACCAUUAAGGAUUGGACCAAUGUUGUUGUUGCCUAUGAACCCGUAUGGGCUAUUGGUACUGGUAAAACUGCCACUCCCCAACAAGCCCAAGAAGUCCAUGCCUAUCUCCGCAAAUGGUUGGCUGAAAACAUCUCCAAGGAAGUUUCCGAUUCUCUACGCAUUCAAUAUGGUGGCUCUGUUACCGCUGCCAACUGCAAAGAAUUGGCUGCUCAACCUGAUAUUGAUGGCUUCUUGGUUGGUGGUGCCUCGUUGAAACCUGAAUUCAUUGAUAUCAUCAACGCCAAGAAGUAAAUCUUCCCCCA